AUGCCCAGCAGCGAGCGAGGGGAUCGCUGUGCCAGUGUGCAGGAGUCAGGGCUCUGCAUCUGCGCUCAGCACUGCAAAGUUCCCGUGUUUGGACAGACGAAGGGGCUGUCCCCGGGGCGCGCGGGGCUCGAACGUGGGGCUCGUGGGGCCAGCGGGGAACGGACACGGGGACGAACGGCCCCGGUGCUUCAGUUGCAGCGGCGGCAGCGGCGGCAGCAGCAGCGGCGGCAGCGGAAGCGGCGGCAGCGGAAAAGAGAUAUUUUGAAUAUUCUCUUUCUUUCUCUUUCUCUCCCGUUUCCCGCUGUCGGGCACUCUUCUCUCGGGAUCCCUUGCCCGGCGUCCCUCUCCUCUCCCCGCCUCCCUCUCCCCUGCCGGGCCGGGCCAUGCCCCCGGCCCCGGGCGGGGCUGCCCCGUGCCCGGCCCCGGCCGUCCCGCCGCGGUCUCGCCUCCGCCCGGCUCUGGCCGUACUGGCGGUGGCGCUGCUGGGCGGGCAUCAGUGCCUGGGGCGGGGGCGGCAUCGCAUGCCUCCGCCUGGCCCGGCUCCGGCCCCGACCCCAGCCCCGGCCCCGGCCCCGGCCCCGGCUCCUCCCGGGGCCCGCGGAGCACACACGCGGCGCGGCCGCUCCCGCCGCCUCCGCUGCGGCUUCCCCGGCCCGAGCUCCGCCGCUCGGCAGCGCGGCCUCCGGCCCCGAGCCUCCCGUGCCGCGUUCCCGGGAGCGAACGCCCGGGCAUGGCCGGCCCGGGGCGGGUGAGGGGCGCUCGGGGGCCGUUGCUGGCCCCGGGCCGAGCGCUGACAGCCGCGUCCCGCCCGCAGGGACGGCGCAGGAGGCCCUGCUGGAGCGGUACCGGCUGAGAUCGCUGCUGGGGCGCGGCGGCUUCGGCAGAGUCUUCGCGGCCACGAGGCUCUCGGACGGCGCCCCGGUGGCCAUCAAAAGGGUGCCACGGAACCGCGUCCGGCACUGGGGCGAGCUGCCCGACGGCACCAGCGCACCCCUGGAGAUCGUGCUGCUGGCCAAGGUGUCCACUGGCUUCCCCGGUGUGGUCCAGCUGCUGGAGUGGCUCGAGCUCCCCAACUGCAUCGUGAUGGUGCUGGAGCGGCCAGAGCAGUGUCAGGACCUGCAUCGUUUCAUUGGGGCACGGCGGUUCCUGCCCGAGGAGGAGGCGCGGGCGCUGUUCCGCCAGGUGCUGGAGGCCGUGCGGCACUGCACCAGCUGCGGGGUCCUGCACAGGGACAUCAAGCCAGAGAACAUCCUGGUUGACCUGGACACCGGGCAGGCCAAGCUGAUUGACUUUGGCUGUGGCACCUACCUGCAGGACACAGUCUACACACACUUUGCAGGAACACUGUCCUACAGCCCCCCGGAAUGGAACGACUUUGGCUGGUACCAUGGCGAGGCAGCAACGGUCUGGUCCCUGGGCAUCCUGCUGCACCAGAUGGUCUGCGGGGAGCACCCUUUCAGGAGGGGCCGGAACCUCAGCUGGGGCCAGCUCCCGCUGCCACAAAGGCUCUCUCAAGAGUGCAAAGACCUGAUCUGGUGGUGUUUAUCCGUGAACUCCUUGGACAGACCCACACUGGAAGACCUGUUCUGUGUUCCUUGGAUGCAGGAUAUUCCUCUGCCAUAGAAGAAGGGAGAGAGCCACAGGCACACUUUGAUCCAGGGCCCUGGGAAGGAGAAGGAGCCCCUGGAGAAGCUGUACCGGGUGGGGAUGAUGAUGCUGCUGCUGCUGCUGGAGACAGCGAGGGUGACAUCAAGGAUGACAAGCUCUUCCUCAGCCUGGCCACUGGAGG